CAUUUCGAUAGGUUGGAGGUCCUCAGAGAACCGUUAAAUUGUCCUGUAGAGUGGAACAUCCUAAUACAAGAUAAAGUAGGUGAUCUCUUACACUGCCGGUCGUCUCACCAGGCUGGCCAGGAGCGGUUCCUGAGCCUGCUUACUCUUUUAGUAUAUUCUACUCACUGACUAAUACUAAAAUUUGUAAUUAGCCAAAGCUGACCUGACACUGCUGUUAGACCGAGUUUGUCUAAUGGUCGUGGGUCGUGGGUCGUGGGUACAAGUAGUGGGUCGUGGGUGUGGGUAAUGAUUAAAAAUUAAUUUUUAAUCAUCAAUAAUUAAUUUUUAAUCAUCAAUAAUUUUUGUUAAACUACUCGAUAACUAAUAACGUAAAACAAACAUAACACAAUGUAUGAAAAUGGGUGGGGUUAGGUAAAGGCAGGAACCCAUUGGAGCUAUUUCCAGGACUGGUGUAAUCUCUUGAUAAUAUUUUGAGAAAAUUUGUUUGGUCAAACGCUUGAACAACACGCACAUAAGUUAACUUAAUGCUAAAAAGAGCAAAUCGGAAAAUUAAGGAAGCCGGGAUCAGUUCCAUAUAAGAGUAGUCAAUCAUUAUUUAUCUGAAUAAGCAAUACGAUGAGCUACGAUGCUUACCUUUGAAUUGAUCCCAAUUAGUAGACACAAAAGAGAAAACUACAGCUAUAAAAUAAAACCCGGGAAGGGUUGGGAGGGUAAAGCAAGAGAGGAGAGGCCGCAAAUGACCUUUGAGAUGACGCUGAACUCUGUAUAACCGAGAAGAAACCUGACGCGGGUGCCAAAAGACAAGAAACACAAAAGGGGGAUGUGUCCCAAAUUUUAAGUGUUUUGACAAAGCCAAAACCACCAAUCUAUAACAAUUUCAAAAUCCUUCUUCCCAGUCGUUUCCUAGCUGUUACGGGAAUCAAAAAUAAAGCGAAUCAAAAUAAAUUAUUUCCUUAAAAAAGUUUCAAUUUUUUGAAAUGAUUUAUUUGUUUUCUGGAAAAGACCAGACACGGCAGAAUUUGAAUUUCUUCACUUUUUCGGAUAUUUAAGGGAAGAGCUAGCCUCUUCGUAUAACUUACAAUAUGAGUAAACUUCCCCGGUACGUAGACACUCCAUUCUCAUUGUUGUUCGCGCUUUUUAGUGACGUUCUUCCGUCGUUAGUGAAAUAAGUUUAGCUUUCGCACGAUACUUUGAAAGCGUUUUUGACCGGUUUAUGGUGGAGACAAAGUUUGACAGCUUUCCUAUGUCAACUUUAUAUUUGAAGACAAAAGUUAGUUCAACGUUAUUUCUCUUUCUUUUCGAUUGCUCCUGUACCCACCGCCACCCCCCUGCGCUGGCGGUCGAUGAUCUCUGGUAAAGUAACAGAGUAGGGGAAGUGUUGUAUAAUUUUCAUACAUCAUGUUAUGUUAUGUUAUCGAGUACUUUAAAAAAAUCCAAAACUUGUAAUAUUGUAAAUUAUUAAUCUUGACCAAAAAUUAGUAACAUUGUUAUUUAAUAAUGAUUAAAAAUUAAUUUUUAGUCACUACCCACACCACACCCACGACCCACGACUUGUACCCACGACCCACGACCCACGACCAUUAGACAAACUCUAUUAGACCUAUUACUUUAGUGCGUAUCUGUAGGGCAGGAUAGUAUUUAUUUUAUAGACAAUUCAUUUCUGCGAAGAAAGAGGGAGGAAUGAUUUUUUCAUGUGGAUUUCUAAUAUUUACAUCAACAACUCACAUAAAACAUAUAUAAAACAUACACACUAUUUACCGGGGGGAGAGGGGGGGCUGCUACUUACAUUUAUCAAAAGCUAUUUGAGGCAGGCUGUGUGGGGUCGCUACAUACGUGAACUGAUACAUUUUAAGACAACAUAACAAGGGAAAUUUAAGAGAUUUACGACAUGAAGGAAAAGAGGUAACUUAAGAAUGAUAAUACUAAUGAAUAAGUCUGUAAAGAAGUAAAUAAAUAAAAGUUACAAUACAUUGGAUUAACAUUUUCUUUUUUUUAUUCAUUAAUAUUAAAGCUUUCUAAAUCAGCAUAACUAUCCUGACUUUGAACAUUGAAGAUCGAGUAGUAAUAGAUUGUGUAUUUGGUUCUUAAAAGCACGCUUUAAGAGUUUUCUCAAAUUCUCAGGGAUACUGUUCCAAAUUUUAGCCCCUAGGUUAAAAAGAGUUUUUCUGAUGAUUGUAACUAGUUUUUUUUUGCGAGUCUCUUUGCAUUUUUUUAUUCUAACACCAUUCCAUUCAUCCAUUGUCUGCUCAGAAUCUGCUUAGAGUCUAAAAAGCCAUUACAUAUUCUCCACUGCUCCUUGUCAGUAUAAUUUGCAUGCUGUUUUGCCAAUUGCGGACCUAGGAAAAUUUAGCCUUUUAAACAAUUAUAGGUUAUUCCUUUCUCCCUUUCCAUUAAUGGUGACUCACCCCACUUAACCUUGUCGCAAAAGUCGUCAUCUUUAUUUAUAGGGGAAUAAUGCAAAAGCCGCUUCAUUUAGCCUUCAAAAGCUCAUUAAUAAUUCAUAAAGAAAAAAACAGAAAUGAAUGUUUAAUGUUUAAUGAAUGUUUAAUUUAUAUCUGAUAAAGAUACGCACCCCCAAAUUGCGCAGGUAAGAGAUCUUUCAAACAACACCCAAAUGUGUGUUAUUCAGUGGAAAAGGCCAGAGAAAAUGAAAAGAAUCAGUCCAAUGUAACUAUGACUGGAAUAUCCGAAUGAACAUCCUUUCAACUACCUUCCAUCGUCGGUGUAGUGUACCGAGAAUUUGUAUAUCAAAAUAGACGCAGAAUCACGGAGAACUCAACACAAUUUAAUCAACAUGUCCGCAAGCACAUGGCAAGAAGAUGCGUAAUGCGCAUGCGUAAAUUGCGUAAAGAUUCAUGGAAUUUGACAGUCGGCGAGUCGCAAAAGCCUUUCCCUUUGAAAUGAAGCUUGUAUAUAUAAAGAGGAAAGAGAAGGAUUGAAAUCCUGUUAUUUGACGUCAGGAGCAAGUGUUAGAAGUGCAGUGCUCGAUUUGUAGAUAGGGUUUUUGGUAGCUUCGCUCCUCUUUGGUCAGAUGCCGACCAUAAAAUUUGCUUGACUACACAAAAUCUCCCAGAGGGUGAAUGGGUUAAGAAACUAAGCACGUAGUAUAUUUAUGUGAGCAAACAAACAAAUAAAUGGACGAAGAUUAAUUCAACUUUUUACUUUUUAGGACAUUUUCCCUGACAAGGCAACCGAAAGAAAGAUACUUUCCUUCAUCAUCAAGUGUCCUAGCAACAGUUGCCAGUGGACUGGUGAAUUGAGGUCAAAAACUGUAAGUGGCGCAACUCUAUGUUGUUUCCAGCACCGUGAUUUACCGGUAAACCUCAUGUAAGAAAAUGAAUAGGAAGUCACGCCUUCAGGACUUGUGUAUUAUCAGUUGUUGUAUUUAACUACAGAAGAAUACUUUCAACUUAUGAUAUACAUGUUACAGAGGAAAAUGCAUCAGUUCUAGAAACUGUCAAAUGACUUAAACAUGAAAACUGAUAAGAUAAAAACCAUCCUUUGAUCAACUAUCUUUUACUAUAGUGAUGGGAGAUGGGCAGCUGAUAUUUUAUAAGCUGACAAUUUAUCUUUCUUGAAUCAGCUAAAUCAGCACUUUAUUGCUGACAUCAGCAUCUUGUCCUCAACUUGACAUUGGUUUUCUUUUAUGAUUGAUUUUUACCUUUAGAGUUAAUUGCAUGUUAAUGCGCAAAUCUUUUAUAAUCACAUAAGCUAAAAGGGAUAGAGUAUUAAGGUAGAGAAAAUCUGUGAUUAAUCGGAGAAAGGAGCUGGAGAGGACAGAGAAAGAAAAACGGAGAGAGAAAGUAGAGGCGGGUGACAGAAAAGGAAAAGAGGGUCGGAGAAAGAGAAGUCAGUGAAACUAAGCAAGACAAAGAGAAGAAGGGAAGAGUGAAAUAGUAAGAGAUAAAGCUAGUACGAAACUCAUGUGAGGAAGGUGUAAGUCUAUUAUGCGAGUUCUCACCACUCCCACUUCACACUGUCGGAGCACGUCCACAGUUACAAAUAAGUAGGUUGAAUAUGACUGAGUCCGGGAGAGUGUAGCAUAGAAUAGCAUAGUCAAUAGGGUAAGUUAAUGGUAUUUAAAUAUAAUUGGUUACAAUAGCUAACAAACAAACAACUUACUUGGGCAUGAUGAUAGACAUGAUAGUUUCCUGCCGUGUCCAAGAACUAAACUGUCAACACAUGAACACUAACCUAUAAUUUUCUUUUCAAAAAAAGGACCACUUAACGUCAUGUCCCCGUAAAAUUGUGGCCUGCACGAACAAAAACUGCUCGGAGACAAUGGCAAGGGACAAGCUACAGAAACACGUGACUACCACGUGUGUAUGGAGGAUUCUUCGUUGCGCUCACUGCAGUGAAUCACAUCCGGAAUGUAAAACUAAGGUAAGAAUCUUGAUUAAUUGCCCUACUUUUGCGAGCUUGUAGAGCAGUCUAUCAUUAACAUACCGUUGGGAUCGGCAAUAAAACUAUGAAUUUAGGUGAAUUCUGCUGUUUCAAAACCAAGCCAGCAGGAACAGCAACAGCGUCAACUGCAAUAAAUGGUAAACUGCAUUAAUGGGUCACUUACCAACCUUCCAUAUAGCGUUAUUUUCAUUGUCUUCACCUGUAUUUAGUUUAGUACGCAGUUCGUUGGCCUUACGAGCUCUACUAGCGGUGACCUCUGAACUCAGGUUUCGCUGUAAUUUCAAUGGUUUUAUUUUCUAGGCUCAUCAUGCCGAAUGUAAGAAAUUCCCGUUGAACUGUUCUCAAAACUGUGGAGCUGUCAUUCCGAGAGAAAAGGUAUUAAUACUAGAUUUACAGUUUGAAGCGCAUUGAAACAAUAGCCAACUAAUUAUAACUUUUAUAAAACAAGGCCUUAAGGAAACGUCUGUACCAAAUCAACACCUGCCUUACGAUUCUUUUAUACAGCUUGUGUUAGCUGAAAAACAAAUACUUUUUUUUAUAUUUCGUCCACUUGUUGUAUUAAUUUUUCCGUAAGUUACGUAAUAAAACAUGCAGAUUAAAAAAAGAAGGUUCCCUGGAGUUUACACCCGUAAAAACGCUGAAUAUUCACCAACGAAAAAAAACUGGCUAUUGUCAUGAAUUUAAAGGGAUAAAUAAUUAGAACGUGUACCGUCUCUUUAAUAAAACAAAUUUUUGAAAAUGGUAGUUUCACUUGAUAAACUCCUACACACGAACAGCUUUAAUUGCAGCAUCAUUCCUUCCUUCCAGAAUGAGAAGUAGAGAAAAUUAUAAAGAAAGUCGACCAUACAAGUAGAAAAGUGUUUGCAUAGCCUCCUUCGUAGCAACUCCUUUUGUAACUGUUACACUGAUCUCCGUUCUCUCCCCAUUCUCCCACCGUUCUCUGGAACAGGUUGAAGGAAACGACGUCGCCUCCCCCUCAGCUAGGCGAGCAAGGCACUCGAGAAAAAAAAAGUGCCCUUCCCUAGUUUUCUCAAUUUUUUUGUUCUCUUCAUUCAUCUUGGGGCUCAGAUUUAUCUUCGGCUUGUGCUCAACAUAACACAGCCGACAUGUAUGAUGACAGGGCGAAGAUCAAGGUUGAAAGCAGUACAUUACGUGCAUUCCCUUCUUCUCCAAACCAUGUUGGCACUAUACGGCUGACGCGGAUACAUUCUGUUUAAACAGCUAAUUUUCGAGUAAACAGUCUUCAACUGCUGCAAAUUCAAUUUUUGAAGCAAGGACCAGCUUACAAAAAAGAAGGACGGGAUCCUAAUAAAGGAUCUAAUUAGCAAUAAGAGAAAAUAUAAAGAAAAAGAAGCAAGGCUGAUUUUACAGACGGGAAUAUAAAUAUUUUACCAAUAUUUUGGAAGACACGGCCUUCCUUCUUCAGGGUCUUACAUAUAAUGAAAAGGCUAGGCUAAGACGUUACAAUUUGAAAUAAAGAAUAGCGUGCAAUAUGACAUACACUAUAAUAACACGUGAAAAUAUAAAAAGUGAACGUUAUCAGUAUGUGAAAACGAAAACCGUUGAAGUAGGGAUUUGAAAGAAAUUUGAAAUGUAAAAAAAAGUUUAAAUAAAUGAUAACAAAUAGAAGAAAUAAAGAAUGUAUUACAUUUCAUCUUUCUAAUUCAUACCUAAUGGUUCAAGAGUAUUACCUCUCUCGAUUAGGUAUGCUUAUCUAGCUUUUCGAUCGUUUACUGUAUCUAUUAGAUUUAAUGAGCUCUAGUGGGAUAAGUGUGCUGUCGUUAGCAGAGUGAUCAUUAGUAAGUGUUCUGAGACUGUGGUGGGUUUAGAGAUAUUAGAUGGGUUGUCAACUGGUCUGCGGUGUUCGUUGAAACGGUCUUUGAGUCGUCAUUUGGUUUCACCUAUGUACUGUUUGGAGCAGUGGUUGCAUUGUAUCAUGUUUUUGGAGUUACAGUCAAUGCUAUGAGUGAUAGGUCUGGUUUCGCCUGUAGAGUGGAAUUUGUAUGACGUUUGUCCGUCAGAUAUGUAUUUUCAAGUGAGACAGUUUUUUCCGCAUGGGUAUGAGCCCCGGGGCUGGUUGUGUUGUGUGAGAUUGGGAAGUUUGGUCGUAACUAGAAAAUCGCUGAGGUUACUACUACGUCUAAAGCUACAAUGGGUGCAGCUUUAAAGACGUUAUAGCAAAGGGGGGAUGAAAUAAGGAUGUGAAAGUGUUUGUGAAUAAUGGAUGAGAUAGAACGAAGGGAGGGGUUGUAGGUGAUAACGAAGGGAACACGUUCUGUUUUGUCCAGUGUGGAAGUGUCAUGGGGCGUAAGUGCUUCUGUCCGUGUGAUAUUGUUAACUCGCUGUAUUUCCCGUUGAAGGAACUGAAUAGCGGUGAUAGCCAAGUUUGUAAAGACGGUCAAUAAGUUCAUUGGUGCGUAAUGUGAAGGUCUUCACAUCAUUAACAUCUUCAACGGCUGCACUGAUUCCCAGCUGAGUAGAGAAUAUUUCUUUUUUGCAGAUUUCAGCCCACAUUGAAAAGGACUGUCUGCUCACAAUAAUUUCCUGUCCGUACUUUGAUCAUAUGAGCUGCGAAGCUAAGGUAAUACUAAGAAAAACAGGUAAGCGUUAACAUAGUUAAUAUGACUUGUUAAUUAGUUAUUAAAGUCGAAAUCUUUCAGUGCUUUUUCUGUAAAAUACCAAUGAAAGAAGAAAUCGUGUUAAGGAAAUCCGUUCACUGUCCUCACAUAUAAAAGAUAGUUUAAGUUUUCGGGUGUUUCCCCAUUUAUACCGUUAAAUCUAGCAAAACAGUGAAUAAAUGACAAGUACAGUACAUGCUCAUCAUAAAAACUUGUUGUUAUGUUUAUACUUCAGAUUCAGCGAAGAGAGGUUGAAUCGCAUCUCCAAGCAGCCAUGAGACUUCAUCUUGACUUAGCUUGUGUGAAAUUAAGUGACACUCAAAAGAAGUUCGAAGAGACCACGAAAAAGCUUGAGAAAAAGGUCAAUGCUCUGGAAAAACACAUACAUUAUUCUGAGGAAAAGUGUGAAUCAUUUACAUGGAGGAUAGACGGUUUUAGUGAGGUCUUAAGAAAAGCAAAAGGUGAAGAGGAAACCUUCAUAGAGAGCUCUUCAUUUUACAGAUAUGGAUAUAAAUGCAGGCUAGAAAUGCAUCCGAAUGGCCACGACUCUGGAGAAAAUACUCACCUGUCAGUAUAUCUGGUAAUAAUUAAAGGUGAAUACGAUGCCACUUUAACCUGGCCUUUUGAUAAAAAGUUCACAUUUACGUUAAUUGAUCAGCAAGAAAAUGAACACAACAGGGAGAACAUUGUUUUGUCCCUUACUUCAGACCCCAAGCUUAGGAACUUUGCGAGGCCUGUAAAAGAAAAGAACAUUGGGUGGGGCUUUCAUCAGUUUGUAUCCCACGAAAAACUACAGAAAAGGCGCUACAUUGUAGACGACACUAUUUUUGUUCAGGUUCACUUUACUUCAGUAGAAUACGAAAUGUGA